UCGUUUUAUUUCUAUGUUUUGGAGAAGAAGAAGAAGAAGAAAAUAUCUCCCACUAUCCAGCUAGUCGGAGUGGUCUAUCGCUUGCUUUGACCGCUGAUUGUUACUUAUAAUCAUCCCAAACAACUCCUUCCUUUUUAUAUUAGAAGAAAUAGCUAUAUGAAGAGUCUCCGGUGUAAAGGGGAAACGGCUCCAACUCACGAUGGAAGACUGCUUGCACACCUCUUCAGAGAACCUGUCUAAGCUGGUCCGCUGGGCCCACAGUCACGGCACCAUCUGUGCUCUCAUCCCGAACCUCAAACACCUGCUUACCGAGGGUUCCCAUGGGAACCUGACAGCCAUGUGGGGGUGCAGCGCGGGCCACGCCUACCACUGGCCCCUCCCCGCCACCUGUAAAACAGGCCAGAAGGAGCGGGGGGGCUGCUUCCAGGACAGCCGAAGCAUCAACUCAGACAGCCUCAGUGUCCAGGGAGGGGCCUCAGCCCGUCAGAGCAGCCCAGGAGGUGAGAGGUUUCUGGGCCGCUCCACCAAGGCCAAGGGAGGUGACAGCAGUCAGACACGGGACUCCUGCGACUUCUCCAACUGCAGCGACGACAACACCGAGGCAGACGACAACACCGAAGAGUAUAACAGCAACCUGUUUGAUAUUGUCUGUGAGUCUUCAGCCACGACGGACGAGGAUGGAGACGUAGACUACGAGCCUCAUCACAGACCCAGGAAGAGGGGUCCCCCGGGGGGCAUGCCCGGCCCCCAGAGACCAGGGUCCGAGGACAGGGGACAGGGGGACAAGUCAGUGAAGAAGAUCAAGCAGGAGACUGCUGAGGACUUUUACACAGUACCUAAAGCCCAGCUAGCAGCAGGGGUAGGUACUGACUCUGGCCUAGCCUCUCACUCAGUCUCUCAGUCCCCAAAACCUAAUAAUUCCCUGUCCCACCAUGCAUUGCCACACAAACCCUUGCAACUGGACGCCGACUGUUUGGUUGGUGGUGUGUCGUCGUCUCUGUUGGGCCACUCCUUUCCUCACAAACCUCUCCGAGGCUCUAUCUCCAGCUCUGUCUCCAAACCUUCCAUGAUGAGCACUAGUUCUCCCAGACAUCAGGACCUGUCUUCGGUGUCGACCCAGGGCCUGAGCACUCUCCCUGGGGCAGGUAGUGAGCUGAUGGAGGACCUGCUGAACCAUGGAGGAUCUGAGGGACCGUUGGGGAACCUGACUCCCGCCUCUCCCAGUGGGAUGAACCCUGACCUGGACCUCCUGGGAGCAGAGACCAAAGGAGAGGCAACAGACGUAAUCUGGCCCACCUCUUCAAGCCACUGCCUGACCAGCGAACCGGCAGAGGAGAGGCGGCGCGUCGAAGAGUUUGUUGCUAGAAUAGAUCUGGGUCAGCUACUGAGUCUACAGACAGUCAUCCAACAGGUUCUGUCUUUCCGUGACAAGAAAAUGGAGAGAGGGGAAGAGAGGAGAACGGAGAGAGGACAGGAUUGGAAAACGGAGAGAGGGGAAGAGAGGAGAACGGAGAGAGGACAGGAUUGGAAAACGGAGAGAGGGGAAGAGAGGAGAACGGAUAGAGGACAGGAUUGGAAAACUGAGAGAGGGGAAGAGAGGACAACGGAGAGAGGGCAGGAUUGGAGAAUGGAGAGAGAGGAAGAGAGGAGACCGGGGAGAGGGGAGGAUUGGAGAGGGGAAGAGAGGAGAGGGCAGUUCCAUGAGGAUAGAGCUCCCAGUCAUUAUCCCCAGCCCCACAUUUAUCAACCCAACACCCAUCAGCAACAGACCCAGUUCCAGUCCCAUCUUGAAACCCACCAGCCACAGCUUCAACCCCAGCCUGAGCCGACGCGCUGGCGAGGCCGUCACCGGGAGCAGCUGCAGGGCCAGCAGGAGCUCUACCCCGGCUCAGGAGUCCUGCUGUCCUCCCUGCAGCUGGCUGCCAUGUUUCAGGAGGCCAGAGGGAACUGCAUGAGACUCUUCCAUCUCCUAUUCGAGCAUUUCUUCACCGAGGAAGACCUCAUAGGGGCGGUGGCCUUCGGCAGGAGGGGCAAAGUACCCGACGGCAAGAAGAUUCUUGACCGCAGAACGGUGGACGCAAUCAUAGCAUACGUCCUCCACUGCUCUGCCCUGGAUGGAUGGACGUCGGUGGAGUCGUCCAAACUGAAGAAAGCAUGCAUCAAUAAGUGUAGACUGAGGAUGUGUCAGAGGAGAAUUGUUACAUGUCCUGACGACUUUCCGCAGGUCAGGGUCUGAGGAUCCUACCGUUGUGGAGGAAAGGAGGUCAUAAUGUCUGCCUUCUGUUAGACAUGAGACCAUGUCUGCCUUCUGUUAGACAUGAGACCAUGUCUGCCUUCUGUUAGACAUGAGACCAUGUCUGCCUUCUGUUAGACAUGAGACCAUGUCUGCCUUCUGUUAGACAUGAGACCAUGUCUGUCUUCUGUUAGACAUGAGACCAUGUCUGUCUUCUGUUAGACAUGAGACCAUGUCUGUCUUCUGUUAGACAUGAGACCAUGUCUGCCUUCUGUUAGACAUGAGACCAUGUCUGCCUUCUGUUAGACAUGAGACCAUGUCUGCCUUCUGUUAGACAUGAGACCAUGUCUGCCUUCUGUUAGACAUGAGACCAUGUCUGUCUUCUGUUAGACAUGAGACCAUGUCUGUCUUCUGUUAGACAUGAGACCAUGUCUGUCUUCUGUUAGACAUGAGACCAUGUCUGUCUUCUGUUAGACAUGAGACCAUGUCUGUCUUCUGUUAGACAUGAGACCAUGUCUGUCUUCUGUUAGACAUGAGACCAUGUCUGUCUUCUGUUAGACAUGAGACCAUGUCUGUCUUCUGUUAGACAUGAGACCAUGUCUGUCUUCUGUUAGACAUGAGACCAUGUCUGUCUUCUGUUAGACAUGAGACCAUGUCUGUCUUCUGUUAGACAUGAGACCAUGUCUGUCUUCUGUUAGACAUGAGACCAUGUCUGUCUUCUGUUAGACAUGAGACCAUGUCUGUCUUCUGUUAGACAUGAGACCAUGUCUGUCUUCUGUUAGACAUGAGACCAUGUCUGUCUUCUGUUAGACAUGAGACCAUGUCUGUCUUCUGUUAGACAUGAGACCAUGUCUGUCUUCUGUUAGACAUGAGACCAUGUCUGUCUUCUGUUAGACAUGAGACCAUGUCUGUCUUCUGUUAGACAUGAGACCAUGUCUGUCUUCUGUUAGACAUGAGACCAUGUCUGUCUUCUGUUAGACAUGAGACCAUGUCUGUCUUCUGUUAGACAUGAGACCAUGUCUGCCUUCUGUUAGACAUGAGACCAUGUCUUUGUCUGGUCAAAAGUAGUGCUCUAUAUAGGGCUCUGGUCAAAAGUAGUGCUCUAUAUAGGGAAUAUGGUGCCAUUUUGAGCAUGGCCUGUGGGACGACGGGUUUUCUAAUCUGGAAGACGUGACGCCAUGGCCUGUGGGACGACGUGUUUUCUAAUCUGGAAGACAUGACGCCCGCGGAAUGCAGGGUUCUAUGUUCUUCACUUCCAUUUUUCCUGCAUUAAGUUAUUGUUGUUAGUGACGAUGUUAGACCAAUGACUGAAGGAGAAAUGCUGUGUGUAAUGAUGUUAGACCAAUGACUGAAGGAGAAAUGCUGUGUGUAAUGAUGUUAGACCAAUGACUGAAGGAGAAACGUUGACAGUAUGUUGCCCUGAAAUAAAUGGUCAAUACCCCUC